UCAGGUCUCACACACUGAGCAGCACAGGAUCAUCUGAGAGUGUGUGUCUGCACAGACCAGGCGUGUGUGAGUGUGUGUGACAUCUUCAGACCUCCAACCCGUAGUCACACUGUUGGGAAGGUGCCAUGGCGGACACAUCCACCAACAUGCGGCUGAAGCUUCCGGCCACCUGCUUCAUCCUGGAGAUCAUCCUAAUCAUCCUCUUCGGCACGUUGGUGCAGUACGACGAUGAGACCGACGCCCGGGCGUGGCACAACCACACACACGGGGAUAUCCAGAACGACUUCUACUUCCGUUACCCAAGUUUCCAGGAUGUGCACGUCAUGAUCUUCAUCGGUUUCGGCUUCCUCAUGACCUUCCUGCAGCGCUACGGCUUCAGCAGCGUGGGCUUCAACUUCCUCAUCGCCGCCUUCGCGCUGCAGUGGGCCACGCUGAUGCAGGGGUUCUUCCAUGGGAUGCAUGGAGGCAAGAUCCAUAUCGGUGUGGAGAGCAUGAUAAACGCAGACUUCUGCACUGGCGCUGUCCUUAUCUCAUUCGGAGCGGUUCUGGGGAAGACCAGUCCGGUCCAGCUGCUGAUCAUGGCCAUGUUCGAGGUCACGCUGUUUGCUGUGAACGAGUUCAUCCUGUUGUCUUCUCUCGGGGCCCGUGACGCCGGUGGCUCUAUGACCAUCCACACCUUUGGGGCCUACUUUGGCCUGAUGGUGACCCGGGUUCUGUACCGGCCCAACCUGGACAAGAGCAAACAUCGGAACAGCUCGGUCUACCACUCGGACCUCUUCGCCAUGAUCGGAACCAUCUACCUGUGGAUGUUCUGGCCCAGUUUCAACUCAGCCAUCACAGCUCACGGAGAUGACCAGCACCGCACGGCACUAAACACCUACUACUCCCUGGCCGCCUGCACUCUGUCCUCUUACGCCAUGUCAGCACUGACCGCUCACGAUGGCAAGCUGGACAUGGUCCACAUCCAGAACGCAGCUCUAGCAGGAGGCGUUGCCGCGGGAACAGCCGGUGAGAUGAUGUUGACCCCGUUCGGCUCCAUGAUCGUUGGAUUUCUGGCAGGAAUUAUCUCAGUGCUUGGAUUCAAAUACCUUUCGCCUGUCCUGGAGGAGAAGAUGAAAGUCCAGGACACUUGUGGGGUCCACAAUCUUCAUGGGAUGCCUGGUGUUCUCGGUGCCAUUAUUGGUGCAGUGACGGCGGCCUUUGCGACAAAAGACAUCUACGGAGGGGGACUCUCAGACGUAUUUCCUGACGUGGCAAGCGGUGACAUCACAGCGUCUUACCAGGGAGUGAGACAGGCUAUCUCUCUGGCGGUCACUCUGGGCAUCGCCCUCCUGGGGGGCCUCAUCGUCGGGUUCAUCUUGAAGCUUCCUGUCUUCGGGGCACCUCCAGACACCAUCUGCUAUGAGGACGGGAUCUACUGGGAGGUCCCUGGUGAGGAAGACCACCAUGGAGACCAGCUGACCACAGUUGUGACGCCAGAGACCGAGAAGCUCAGUGCUUCAUGAGCGCACCGUCCGCCUGCUGUUCCCUACCUGGACAGCAGGUGUCAGUGUCGGCACCGAGAACAUCUGCGCAGCCGAAUAGAACAGAAUAAAACCUUGGUCCUUUUCUUCUCUCGGUGAUGCUUAUUUUUGGCAGAGGAAACAAACUCUUGUUUGUGAGUUUCUCUGUGAUUUUUUGAAAAUAAAGUCAAAACAAAAUC